AUGGGGGUCAAAACUGAUUUGCAACCCGAGUAUGGAGAAAGACAUACUCGUUUGCCUCCCGAGACUUGGAAUUUGUACAGAGCAGAGAAGAGAGAGGUUUGCAAUUCUUUCUAUGGUAUGAAGGUCCCUGAAUGUUAUUCUUCAAAUAUAAAAAAUCUUGUAUCUUUACAAGAUUCAAGACUUCUUAGCCUUAAAUCACAUGAUUGUCAUACCUUAAUGCAACAAUUGCUCCUUGUGACAAUUCAUUCUGUUUUGGAGAAGCCUGCAAGUACAGUUGGAGUGCCUUCAAGCCAAAAGAUGGGAGUUUCAAAGCCAUUAUCAGGUUGCACAGUGAGCGUAGUUGAUCGGGACCUGUUGAACCAAGCACAUCUAUAUGUCUUGGAGAAUACGGAGGAAGUCCUACCUUAUAUCGAGCAACAUAUGAUCCACAUCAAGACCGCUUAUCCAAAAUUUAGAAAGAGAACAAAGUGGCUGCAGGAUAAGCACAAUAGCACUUUCAUUCAAUGGCUACGCUUCAAGGUUCAAAGUGAACUUAAUAAGGAAGACAAUCAUGGCAUAUCAGAAAAUUUAAGGUGGCUAGCAGCUGGUCCAAACAUGGCAGUGCCAUCAUAUAGGAGCUAUCUUAUUAAAGGUAUUAAAUUUAACAUCAAGGCACAAGAUGAUGUGCGGACAACUCAAAAUAGUGGAGUUUAUUUACUUGCACAUACCAUGCAAGUUGCUAGUGCCAAGGAUAAAAACCCAAUUCUCUCAAAUAUGGGUUUCUAUGGUGUCAUUCAAGAAAUUUGGGACCGUGACUACCAAAAGUUUACAAUCCCAGUCUUUAGGUGUGAUUGGAUAGAUAGUACUUCUGGUCUUGUAGUCGACGAACUUGGAUUUACCCUUGUAGAUUUGAGUAAAAUUGGACAUAGGAAUGACCAAUUUGUUUUGGCUUCUCAAGUCAAACAAGUAUUUUUUGUUGAUGACCCAAUGCAUCGUGGUUGGUCGGUAGUGUUAUCAAUGCCUAAUAGAGAAUAUAAUGAUGUUAUUGGUGAUGAUGUCUUAGGUGAUGUGAGAAUUGAGUGUGAGCCAUUUACUAGAGGGAUGCCAAAUGUUGACACAUUUGAUGAACUAGUGGGUGAGUUUGGGAGUCAAAAUAUUCGAGAUGGGUGUGAAGAUAUAUGGAUUCAAUGA